AAUCUUGCAAAGGGGGAUCAGUAAUGGCAGUGAUUAGGAGUUCGGUAUUUUUGCUGUCUUUUCAGCUCCUGUAUGUGGCAAAAGGAUCUAUGGUAUGGCUAAAUAAGAAUGGCUAUGAGGAUUUGGUUGUUGCAAUUAAUCCCCAGGUGCCAGAAGAUGCCAACAUAAUUCUAAACACAAUGAACAUGAUUAAAAAUGCUUCUAACUACCUGUUUGAAACGACAAAACAUCGUUUUUUCUUCAAGUCUGUGAAAAUUAUAGUUCCUAAAACAUGGAAGAAAAAUACCAGCUAUUCAAGAUUAAAAACAGAAUCCUAUGAUAAGGCAGAUGUCAUUAUAGCAGAUCAUUAUAUGAAACAAGUAGAUGAUCCUUAUACCUUACAGUAUGGAGGAUGUAAGGAGAAAGGACGGUACAUCCAUUUCACACCUCGCUUCUUGUUAAAUGACAAUUUAACUCAUGUUUAUGGAGAAAAAGGUCGAGUUUUUGUCCACGAAUGGGCUCACUAUCGGUGGGGGGUGUUCGAUGAAUACAGUAGUGAGAAGCCUUUUUACGUGUCUAGAAACUCUAAAGAAGCAAGUGUUGAAGCAACAAGCUGUCCAGUUGGUGUGAGUGGUAUACCUGUUUCCCAAGACUGCAGCGAAGACAAGUGUGUGCUACAAAGCUGUGGAUAUGAUGGUCAGCUAUAUAAAAAAGGAUGUAUAUUUAUUCCAGAUAUACAACAAAAUAUCUCAUCUUCUGUAAUGAAUUUGCAAUACAUACCUUCUGUGGUUGAAUUCUGUGAUAAAAACAGUCACAAUAGUGAGGCUCCAAAUAUGCAGAAUAAGAUGUGCAACCAUAAAAGCACGUGGGAAGUAAUAAUGGAAUCUGAUGACUUUCGGAACUCGGCUGUGCUAAAUGCUUCUGCACCACCCUUUGAGACUACCUUCAUGCUACUGCAGGCCCAAGACAGAUCAGUUGCUUUUGUACUGGAUGUUUCUGGGAGCAUGUUAAUGUACAAUCGCCUCAACAGUCUCCAGACAGCUGCUGCAAACUUUCUUCUCCAUAUUAUUGAAAUUGGUUCCUGGGUUGGAAUUGUCACAUUUGACUCCAAAGCAUCUGAAAAAGCUCCUUUGCAACAAAUAACCAACGAUGCAGCACGGAAUAAACUUUGUCAAAGUUUACCUACAUUUGCUAGUGGACUAACCAAUAUCUGUGCAGGCAUACGUAAAGGAUUUAAGUUAAUCACAGAUAAAAUGAAUACUACAUAUGGGGCAGAAAUUGUGUUACUGACAGAUGGAGAGGACCCACAUAUGCACAUGUGCUUUGAUUUGGUGGAAAAAAGUGGGGCAAAAAUUCACACCAUUGCGCUGGGGCCAUCAGCAGACACAAAAUUAGAAGAAUUUUCAAGAAAAACAGGAGGUUUUAUGCUUUAUGCUGUAGAUGGAAACGCCCCUGAUAAAUUAACUGAUGCAUUCAAUGCAGUUGCAUCGGGAAGCGGAGAUAUUUCUGAACAAUCUAUUCAGCUUGAAAGCAAAGAGCUAAUUGUCCAGCCUUCUGAAUGGGUGAAUACUACUGUGCUUGUUGACAAAACUGUGGGAAAGGACACUUUCUUCGGCAUUACAUGGAAUAUAUCUCAGCCAUUUUUUUUUCUGAGGGACCCUAAAGGAAAAGAAUAUAGAAGCUCAGACUUCACAAUCAAUAAUUCAAACCCAGACACGGCUAGACUCGUUAUAAGUGGCAUUGCAGAGGUGGGCGAUUGGCAGUUUUGUAUCAAAAAUGUUCAUACAGCAACUCAAGCCAUAUCAGUAACGGCUACGUCUCGACCAGCAUAUUCUGAUGUUCCUCCUGUGAGCAUUGCAGCUCACAUGAACAGGGCAAAUAGUGCGUUUAAUCCAGUUGUUGUUUAUGCAGAGGUUAGCCAAGGGUUUUUGCCUGUUCUUGGUGCAACUGUGAUAGCCACCAUAGAGAAAGAUGGUGCUGCAGCAGUAACCCUUGAACUUCAUGAUAAUGGCGCAGGUGCUGACAUGAUGAAGAAUGAUGGAAUCUACUCAAGGUACUUUACUUCUUUACAAGGCACUGGAAGAUACAGGCUAAAAGUGAAUGUCCAUGGGAGAAAUACAACCACCAGACUUAGUCUCAAGCAAAAUCGAGCCUCGUAUAUACCAGGCUACAGAAAAAAUGGUAAAAUCUAUAUGAAUGCACCUAGACCUAAAUUUGAUGAUAAAGAAAUCCAAGUCAAACUGGGAAGUUUCAGCAGAAUUUCAACAAGUUCUCUUCUAGUGAAUACAGAAGGAGAUUCUGCUCCUGUUUAUCCACCCUGUAAAGUUACAGACCUUCAAGCUCAUAUAGAAAACAAAACAAUCGUCUUGUCUUGGACAGCUCCAGGAGGUGACUUAGACAAUGGAAAAGCUGAUCAUUACAUAAUAAAGAGCAGUGAAAAUCUUCUGGACCUAAGAAACCACUUUGAUCAUGCUACUCCUGUGAAAUCCUCUAACCUCAUACCUAAGGAGGCUGGUAAAGAAGAAUUGUUUCAAAUUACACUGGAAAACUUCACGACAAAACAUGAUACCAUAAUGUAUUUUGCUCUACGUGCUGUUGAUGACACUAACUUGAUUUCAGAAGUGUCUAAUAUAGCACAAGCCAUAUGGUUCACUCCUCUAAAAGUGUCUGUGCCUUUAGAUUAUGAUGGCAACAACAACAGUGCUACCAGCACAAUAAUGUUGGCAAUAGUGGCUGCGUGUCUGGUAGUCGUCUGUACUAUUGCAAGUUCAGGGCUGUGUUUUCUACGAAAACAAAAGGGGAAACUGGAUAUUGAAGCACUGCAAAAGCACAUGUAAAAUUUUUAAAUAGAGGAAAAAAUCCAUCAUUUUUACUACAUAAAUUUCAAAGUAGAGAAAGGGAUAUUUGUACAUUCAAAAGAUAAGUCCACUGACUUUAAACAGAUGUAUUUGUCUUUUUUGAUAGGUUUAUAAAUGUAAUUUUUCUAAAGUGUCUUAUAUUUAACUACAUAUACACUGAUUAACAAACAUAAAAGCACAUACUCAGAAACCUAGUACAGUAUGUAUACCAUCAUUUCCUUCUAUGUGAUAAAAAUACUUAACUCUUCUGUUGCAAGAUUUUCCCAGUGUAGCAUGUUGGGUUUUUUUCUUAAAUAAAGACAAAUAUGAUAAAUAAAGGAAUAUGAUACUUUCCCUCUUUUUAUAAA